AUGGGUCAAGUUCCACCAGAUCCUGGCACAUUUUCAGCAAAUGGAGGUAUUCCGAAUCUCGUCUUCUCAGGAGAUAUCUCAAUGAGAGAUACUCCUGAUGUAACUACUGAUGCAAGACUAAAGUUAGAGACUUCUGAAGAAGACUCUGAUGAUAGUCUCGCCACCGACACUUCAUCUGAGUCUGACGACAUAUUGCCUCCUAUCCCUCGCGGGCUCCCCAUCUCGAAGCUCCCGACAGGCCUCUGCUAUGAUGAACGCAUGCGGUAUCAUUCCGAGGUAGCUGCUACUAGCGGCCAAAAUGUCCAUCCGGAGGAUCCAAGACGCAUCUACUACAUCUACAAAGAAUUGUGUGAAGCUGGUCUCGUGGACGACCCUAAGUAUCCGCCAUUCGUGGAAGUCCCUCUUCUACGAAUUGACGCUAGGGAAGCGACGAGAGAGGAAUGCUUACUGGUUCAUACGCCAGUUCAUUAUGAUUUUGUGAAACACACUUCAACUUUGAGUGAUGAAGAGCUCAUCGACCUCUCAGAAGACAUUACAAUGGACUCCAUUUACUUCAACCAGCUCUCAUACUUCUCUUCCAAGCUCUCAGCUGGCGCAGCUAUCGAAACUUGUAAAGCCGUCGUUUCCCGACAGGUCAAGAACGCAAUCGCUGUUAUUCGACCUCCUGGCCAUCACGCUGAAGUGCACCGAACAAUGGGGUUUUGCCUAUUCAAUAACGUCUGCAUUGCUUCGAAGGUGUGUCAACAAGAGUUCGGCGAGGAAUGUCGGAAGAUCCUGAUCGUUGAUUGGGAUGUGCAUCACGGCAAUGGAUGUCAGAAAGCAUUCUACGAAGAUCCGAACAUCCUCUACAUUUCGCUUCAUGUACAUAUGAAUGGUAACUUCUACCCUUCUGGACCAGAAGGCGACAUGUACCACUGUGGUGCUGGGGCCGGCUUGGGCAAGAAUGUCAAUAUUCCUUGGCCCUAUAAAGGCAUGGGUGAUGGAGACUAUAUGUAUGCUUUUCAACAUGUUGUCAUGCCAAUUGCCACCGAAUUCGAUCCCGACUUUGUCAUUGUUGCAUCUGGUUUUGAUGCGGCAGCCGGAGAUGAGCUCGGCGGUUGUUUCGUUUCACCUCCUUGCUAUGCGCAUAUGACGCACAUGCUUAUGUCCCUUGCUGGUGGCAAGAUUGCUGUCUGCCUCGAGGGUGGUUACAAUUUUACUGCCAUUUCCAAAUCCGCGCUCGCUGUCACUCGGACCUUAAUGGGGGAACCACCGGAUCGUCUUCUUCCAACUGCUGCCACCAACUCUGCGGUCGACACGGUCGCUAAAGUAAGAGCUGUGCAGUCACAACAUUGGCGAAGCAUAUUUCCUAAAGAAUCGAGCAGUGGAAUCUUCGGUGGUGAAAGAUUACAUGACAUUAUUCGUCAAUGGCAAGCGAUGCAUUUGUAUGACAAAUACAAAUUUACUCAGCUCCACAUUUUCCGCGAGAACGUGUCAAAGUCGUUUGAACAUCAAGUACUUGCGACUCCUAAUUACGAGACCAAACGACAUCUUCUAAUCAUCUUCCACGAUGCUCCUGAUCUUCUUGGUACAAAUGCAAAUGUCACAACUCAACAAAAGACUCAUGAUACAUGGCUGGUUGACGGCACACAGUCGUACGUUCGCUGGGCCGUAGCGCACAAUUUUGGUGUGAUUGACGUCAAUAUCCCUGAGCUGAUCACCGUAUCUUCCGGGUCGUCAAGUCAGACUUUGAACGCGUACGAGGAAACCGAGAUCGAAUAUGCGUCAACGAUCACCGACCAAGCGAGGAAGGAGGGUGAGAAGUUGGCCGCCUAUCUGUGGGAGAAUUACGUCGAGCCGUACGAGUUUCCCGGGUUCAUCUUCCUAAUGGGUGCCGGACACGCAUUCCAUGCAGUAGCGAAAUUAAUCAGUGAGAACGACUCAAUCUACCAAUCCCUCGCCGGAGUCAUCGGCUUCAUCUCGACAAACCCCAUCCGGCCGGUGAGCAAUCCCAACCACCCCUGGAUAUCGCAGUGGUACCGUGAGAACUCUCUGAUCUACGUCUCUCACACGCACUCGCUCUGGAAGAAGGAGGGCCGAGCGUCGAAGCGAUACGGCCACCUGAUCAAGUCCGACGACACGGUCCUCAAUCAGAUGAUGAAGAUGCACGAAAACGAAGUCACGACUUGGAUUCAGGAGAAGCUCGAUCUGGAUGGCGAUGACAAUGCGACUGAGAGUGACGAUGAUCAGAGUGCUGGUGACGGUGGUGUGGAUGCCGCUGCGGCGGCCGGUGCCUUGGGUGAAAGUGAUGGUGAUAUGAUCGGAGACCCUGCUUUGUCGUUGGGAGCCGAGCCUACAUUCGCCUCAUCAUCGCAGCAGCGCCAGGUUCUUGUUCCUAUUGUGCCGCCUGUGAAUGCUACUCUCGGCGAUUCGACCGUUGCAACUAUGUUGCCAGAUGUGAGCGAUUUGUUAAUGUCUACGGAGCAAUGA